UCGAUUUCAUUGACGUCGAACAUGUAUUUGAAAGUUGUUUUUUUUGUUGCGAUCUGUGCCGGGGCUUUAGCAAUCCCGGCGCAAGAUGACAUGUCCAUAUUCUUCGAACACACACAGCCCGACGCUCGCAUUGUGGGUGGCACCACAGCAGGCCCGGUUCCGUGGAUGGUGGCGCUCACCAACGGGUUGCUGGUGAGACAGUUCAUCUGUGGCGCUUCCGUCGUCACCAACAGACACCUGCUCACCGCUGCACACUGCAUCAGCGCUGUUUUUAGCGUAGGAUCUUUGAGCAGCUCUCUUCGGGCUACUGUGGGCACAAACCGGUGGAACACAGGCGGAACACACUACAACCUGGAAAGGAACAUCACCCACCCAAACUACGUGGCAAGCGUGAUCAAGAACGACCUCGGCUUCCUCGUCACCAGAACCAACAUCGUGUUCAACAAUGUUGUUGAGCCGGCAGUCCUAAACUACGAUUUCGCCAACGCUGGAGUUCGGACUAGAGUCAACGGCUGGGGCAGAACCAGAGCUGGUGGCUCGCUAUCUGCAGUGCUGCUUGAACUGGAAGCUACCAUAGUCGACGGUAAUUUCUGCGCAUCCGAGGUCCAGCGCCUGGCGCAGCAGUUGAACGUCAGAGGCGUCCCCCCCGUCGAGCCCCACAUCGAGAUCUGCACCUUCCACUCUCUCAACCAUGGAACCUGCAAUGGUGACUCUGGUAGCGCUCUGGUUCGCGCGGGCACUAAUCAACAAGUUGGAGUGGUUUCGUGGGGCCUCCCAUGCGCUCGCGGGGCCCCCGAUAUGUUCGUGAGGGUUAGCGCGUUCCGGGCCUGGAUCGAAUCUGUUAUUCGUUAAUAAAAGGCUGUGAUACUGUGA